AUGAGGCUGCAGGACUGCUUCCUGGUGUGGGUCAGCUUCUCCCCCUCUCCGAGGAACCUGGCGGUGGCCAUGUAUAGCAGAUUUGAAUCGGUAUUAUUGUCUACUUUGAUACUUGGAGACAGACCUGAAACUACUUCAAGAACUUUUGCACAGUGGUUAGUCUUUCAUACGGAUGCCAGUGUCUCUAUCUUUGGUGGAAUCACUAUUGGAGACAAACCAUGA